AUGCAUCGCUUCAUUUUAAGCAGUGCGCCUCCCCUCGUGCCGCAUCUUCGCACACAGCGCACGUCUCCAAUCCGAACUUCGAAAUUGCUCCCAUUCCUAGACACCCCGGCCUUUAUACGCUUCCACCCAAUAUUUCACCAACCGUUUCUCGGUUAUGCUACAUUUUCUUCUUCGAGGCAGAUGAUAGAGUCCCUGGGAGAAAGCCAUAAUCCUUACAAUUAUACGAGUGGCCGGUGGCUCCGUCGCGAUGCGCUAGAGCGAGAAUCACGUCUUAUACGGUUUGAUUUUGACGCUCUGUGUUGUAAAAUAAUAGCACUGUGUCCUGGUGCUAGCUCUAUCGUCUCGUAUGACAAGACGGAAGGCGGCUUUAACAGAGUCUUUAUAUUUCACACUAACAACGCGAAACGCAUCGUUGCUAGAUUGCCCUUUGCGUUGGCAGGACCCUCAAGAUUGACGACUAAUUCCGAAGUUGCGACCAUCAAGUAUCUACAAGCCAAAACUAGCAUCCCCAUUCCCAAAAUACUGGACUGGAGCGAUGAUGCUUCAAACGCCAUUGGGAGCGAGUAUAUCAUCAUGGAACAUGCUCUAGGAAUUCCGUUACGCCAAAGAUGGCCAGCUAUGGACGUGACCGAGCAAAUUAGGUGUAUACAGGCAAUCUACCAAAAGCUCAAAGAAAUUGUCGACCUCGACUUUCCAGCCUAUGGUAGUUUGUAUUUUGCUAACACGCCGUAUAUCAGUGCUUCAAAGCUGUCAUUGAACCAGGAAUUCUGCAUCGGUCCUCACUGUGGAGCUACUUACUGGAACUGUAAUGUAGGACAGCCUAGAUAUUAUCACAAAGUCAACUCAAAUCAGGGACCAUGGUCUGGACUCGCCGUAUACUGUGACGGUCUCAUCGACACUGGAAUGUCCAGAAUCCCACCAGCUGGAGCUAUUUCAAAACGACCACGCUAUCACGGAUCCAUUGAGACGCACUAUCAACUACUCGAACACGGUCGUGCGGUUAUAAGGGAAAUGGCCAAAGACUCUCGGAUCCAGAAAGCAGCUAGCCCUGUAAUGUUUCACCCUGAUCUGCAUACAAGAAAUAUCUUUGUCUCGGAAGAAGAUCCUACUAUUGUCUCGGCCAUUAUCGACUGGCAGUCUUCCAGCAUUGAGCCAGUAUUUUGGUAUGCAGAUGAAGCACCAGAUUUUGCGCAAGCCUUUCCUGAUCCUUCGGACGAAGAUCAAUUCGAACCCAAAAGCGAGGCAUGUGCCAAAGCAUUUGAGUACUGCACAAAGUUCCUCGCCCCGAAGCUGUCAGAAGCUAGAUCAAUGGACGAAGCUUUCUUUCGGCCUUUUCGCUAUUGCCAACGAACUUGGGAGGAUGGCGCCGUUGCCUUUCGCGAGGAGCUGAUCCAGACUUCGCGACGCUGGAAAGAGCUUGGUUUUGCGGAAUCGUGUCCAUUUCCUUUACCCACUCCUGACGAAUAUGCCGUCCACCAAAAGGACUACAAGUUUUAUGAAGCAGCACACCAGCUGAGACAUAGUUUGUCGGGUUUGCUCAAUACCGCAUCUGAUGGUUGGGUUCAUUCAGGGGACUGGGAAGCAACGGAAUUAGCGCAUCGUGAGUUAUUUAGGGGGAUGCUGCAGGAAAUCUUGGGUAUUGAGCACCCAGAUGAUGAUGAGCCGAUCAAGAGCGAAGAAGAUCUCAGAGAGAUCUGGCCAUUCGAACUAAAAGAAUGA